AUGCCCUCCUCCUCCAUGCGCCCCUUCGACGACCAAGACCUCCUCCGCGCCUCGUACAUCGACUACCUGACCACCUGGCUCGAGUCCCGCGCAUGGAAACCCUCGAUGCUAUCAGGAAAGGUCGGCCCAGACAUGGAAGCCCAGCAGGCGUGGGAAGGACGCCGCCGGCCCGUCGAGAUGGCCAUGCGGCUCGUGUACCACGUCCACGCGCACAUGCUGCAGAGCGGGAGAGCCGCAACCCAUUCUCUCCGCGGCACGCUCUCCAGGAGCAUAGAAAUGAGCGCGUGGCGCGAGGUGCUGGACCAGGCGAACCCGUGGCUCCUGACCAAGAGGCCGCAGCUGCGCGAGAUGCGUCACAGCCGCGCGGCGCGGGCGGUGGACUUCCUCGCCGAGUUUGACAGUUUUGUGGCGGAGGAGGGGCUUACGGAGAGGCAGGUCGUGGUGAUGGACUGCCCGUGGGUUGAGACGUGGGCGGAGCAGAUUCUUGAUUAA